UGGUAGGAGGAGAACAAGAGACAUUUUUCCACUUGACAUUUACCCACCUUGCAGACAAAAAAAAAGUUUAUUAAAAACUAUUAAAAUGGGAAAAUGUACCUGGAUUUUCCUGUUAACUCAUAUUUUGCUGGCCUGGGGACAGAUGAUAGAGCUAUCGCCCACACCUUGCAAUGACAAAGCUGUGGAGAAGCUUUCCAAAUUGGCCCUCACCUACAUCAAUGAAGACCGAACCGAGGGGUAUAAAUUUGCCCUCAAUAGAAUAUCCAACGUUCAUCUUCACGCUCAGGGUCCAGCUGGAAACGUCUACUACCUCCGUCUAGAUGUGUUGGAGACCAAGUGUCAUGUGAGAAGCUCUAAACCCUGGAAACGAUGUGACGUCAGACCCUUCAUGGAAACCCAAAUCUCUGGGAACUGCAACACCACCAUCCUCCACACAGCCACAGGAUACUCCUACCUGUACAGCUAUGACUGCACACUGGUGCCUGACCCUCCAGAGAAGCUGCAGCAGAUAUGUCCAGCCUGCCCCUUGCUGCUGCCCAUAGACAGCCCCAGGGCGGUGCACGCUGCUGGUCUGACCCUCUACAAGUUCAACACGCAGAGCACCCUGCCCUCCAGCCUGGCCCUGCAGAACCUUACCAGGGCCUCCGUACAGAAUGGGCCCGUGCCGGCUACCUUUGUGGAGUACACUGUGCAGGAGUGUCGCGAGGGCUACGUGGGCAUGUGUGUGCCAACAGACAACAGCGGAGACCCGGCUGGGUUUUGUAAGGGGGCGGUGUAUGGAGCUAUCGGCCAACCCGACGUGGAUGUCUCUUGUGAAAUAUUCCACCCACAGGGCAUUGAUGUUUUCCAUGACCUGACCCCUCCUCGACCCCCAACGAUGCCUGAAGUCCCCAUCUUUGUUCCCAACGUCCCCAUUAUCAUCCCCUCCUACCCCACAGCACCCCCUCCUCUUCUGGAGGAGCCCCAACCACAACCAUUUGACCCCAGUAUCCUUGUUGACCCUACACACAUCUUUCCCAACCCCCCUAUCCCCAACCCCAACCCCAGCGAGUCUUUGGAGUCUCAGGAGACUCCUGUCUCUCCAGGAGUUCCAGACUCUUCCUCCGAGGAGCUGGGUGCAGGUGUGGCUCGACGUCCCUUCAACUUCCGCUACCGGCCCCUGCGCAGACGGAGGCAGGCCCUGGUGACAGCCAAGCCCCCUCACACCCCUGUCUUUCUGGCUGAGUUCCCCAGCUCGCCCUCUCCCUUCCGCUCCUGCCCUGGUCAUUCUCGCUACACCACUGUGUGACCCAGACUGGGAUAGAGCCUCAUUCAGUAGGGGAACUAACUUUAAAGUUAGGAGACUGGUAUAAAUUGUAGAGUUAAAGUUAGGAGACUGGUAUAAAUUGUAGAGUUUAAAGUUAGGAGACUGGUAUAAAUUGUAGACUUUAAAGUUAGGAGAC